AACUGAUAACGCUUCUGAGGACUCCUCAGUGCUAUAAUUGGCGAGAGAAUCGCCGAAGAAAGUCAGUUGUGGGAAGAAUUUCUUCCCAAGAAUAUCGUUUUCCUUGCAGAAAUUGAACAAUUUGAAAUUCGCUAUGAAAUUUUUUGCCUUUAUUGUGCUCGGAUUGGCUUUGCUGGAGCUCUCGUCAGCCCGGCGGUAUGAACGGUGUGAAUUAGCACGAGAAUUGGCCGCUUAUGGCUUCCCACAUUCUCAACUUCCCGACUGGAUUUGUUUGGUUGAGAAUGAAAGUUAUUUCGAUACGUACGCUGUAAGUCCCAAAAAUACUGAUGGCUCAAGGGAUUGGGGACUGUUUCAAAUUAACGAUCGUUACUGGUGCAGAGGAAGCUAUCCUAAUGGGAAGAACAUGUGUGGCUUUAACUGCCAAACUAUUCUAUAUACUGAUCUUGGCUACCAAAUUGACUGCAUUAAGAAAAUCUUCAAAAUUCACGGCUUUGAAGCUUGGAAUGGGUGGAAGACUAAAUGCCGUGGAAAAAAUCUUCCCAGCUUGGAUUAUUGCUUCAGGCCUUAAUUCAGACCGAAGUACGAUAACUUCCUGGAACUCCUCAUGCUUAAAAAUUAGUAUUGGAGGUUUGUUCUUAAAUCUUUCAAUAAAAACUUUUUUUCAAAUAGAAAAUUAUUUGCUGAAAAAUAAAAUGUUUUCUUUCUCAAUUGGAUUACCAAAAAAGAUAUUUUGUGAGUGUACUGCUUGUACUAAAUCGGCAUGCAAUGGAAUGGAGUUAACUAUUUAAAAAAAUA